UUUCGUUCUGUGUUUCUGUUUUAGCGAUGGCGGCUGCCGAUAUGAGAGAUGAACUGACCUGCUGCAUCUGCAAGGAAAUUUAUACUGAUCCUGUAUCCCUGCCGUGUGGCCAUAAUUACUGCCAGGGCUGCAUUGGGAAAACAUGGGAAUGGCAGGAGAGUAUAGAGGAAGAUCCUUCCUGCCCUGAAUGCCGGCAACAUUACAGGAGAAAACCUGAACUAAAGAGAAACAGAAGUCUGAGUAACAUAGCAAAGCAAAUCUUUUCUACUCACCUAGAGCAGGAAGGGACUGGGAUUAUCUGCAAUUACUGCAUCCUUUCCCCUGUACCUGCUACUAAAUCCUGUCUCUUGUGUGAAGCUUCUCUGUGUGAUGCCCAUGUGAGAGUGCACAGCAAGUCAGCAGAGCACGUCUUAACUGAACCCACUAUUUCCUUCAGCAACAGAAAAUGUUCUGUACACAAUGAGCUCCUAAAGUAUUACUGCUGUGAAGAUGGUGCCUGUAUCUGUGUGUCCUGCUGCCUGGCUGGAGAACACAGGGGCCACAGGGUGGAGCUGCUGAAUGAGGCCUCUGAGAAGAAGAAAGAGAAACUGAGGAAUGUUCUGGAGAAACUGAGGCCAGAUAGAGAGGAGACUGAGAGAGGAGCCCAGAGGCUGCAGGAGCGAAGGAGAGAAGUGGCAGAAAAAGCAGCUGGUGAGACAGAGAGUAUCAGUGCCCUAUUUAGGGACAUCAGGGAACAGCUGGAAGCCCUAGAGAAGCGACUCCUGAGUGACAUCUCCAGGAAGAAAGAGGAGCUUUUCCUCCAACUUUGGGAACUAAUCCAGCAGUUUGAAAUUAAGAAGAAUGAGCUGUUCAGGAAGAUCUGUCACAUUGAGGAGUUGUGCAACAUGGCAGAUCCACUCACUGUCCUACAGGAACAGGAAUCAAAUGGAACUGCCUUUUGUGGGGCUGAGGGGGCAGAUAAUGAGGACAGAGAAAGAGAUGAUAUAAAGGUCCCUGCUAUAGGGGAUCUGAAUGUGGAUCUGAUCUCAGACACAUUACUCACAGGCUUAGCUGGGAUUGUGACUGGGAUAAAGGGAAGCAUCUCUAGGCACAGGGAUGAAAUCCUAUAUAGUAACGAUAUAAACAUAACUACAGAGGGUCACGAUUCUACGUAUCCACAUUCGCCUUCCAUUCUCUGUGGGCAGGAGGCUACCGACCUGGUACUGGAUAUAAAUACAGCUGCUAACAAUGUAUCUGUAUCAGAGGACGGGAAAACUGUAUCCUACUCACUAACAGACCAACGUCGCCCGCCGGGCCCAGAGAGAUUUAAUUAUUAUCAAGCCUUAAGCAAAGAAAGUUUCCAUUCAAGGCAAUAUUACUGGGAAGUGGAGGGCAGUAAAACAGGAGAUUGGAGGGUAGGGGUGGCCUAUCCCAGUAUAGAGAGGGAUGGGGUACAGUUUCACCUUGGGGAUAAUUGUAAAUCCUGGUGCUUAUGCAAAGAGAAUAAUAAUUAUUCAAUGAGACAUGACAGAAAAGUAAUCAGUUUACCCCACGUCCCUUCCUAUAGGAGAAUCAGAAUCUUAUUGGACAAUGAGGCCGGGUGUCUGUCCUUUUAUGAGCUGAGUGAGCCAAUCAGACACCUACACACCUUCACUGGCAAAUUCACUGAGCCCCUUCAUGCUGCAUUCUGGGUGGGUCGCUGGGGUGAACCCUCGGUGACAAUCAUUAGUUCUUUAUUUAAUAAGAAAAGUAUAAAAGUAUAAAAGACCUUUACUAAUUGUUCCUAAACACAAAAAAAGCAAACAAAACACAUCAUGGGAAACGUGUAUUACGUGAUAUACUCCA